AACUCAGCACGUCAUGGAGAGGGGAGCAGCCCUCCCCUGAGCAUCAGCCCUCCCACCAAAGCACACCCCAGCAUCUACCUCACUGCAGCUCUCCCGCAGGAGAUGCCCAGCUGCCUGCACACGAGCUGUGAGAGGGAGCAAAACUGAUCCCAGGGAGCAUCCAAAGGUGCUGCUCAGGAGGAAGAUCCAACCAAGACCCAAGCUGGGACAUCCCACAAGCAUCAUGAGUAUUCCUGCAGCCAGCUUUGCUGCUCAGUCCUCAAUGGUGAGACUCCCAGCUCUUACUGCUCUAGCCCUUUUGCUGACCUGCCUCUUCUCUGGGGCACACAGCCAGACCCCAAGGGCUUUCCAGGACAGCACCAUCCCCUUUGAGGUGCUGAGCCAGGAGCAGCCCCACAGUCUGGUCCAGCCAAGCCUGUUCCAGGAUGCCAAGCUGUCAAACCACUCAGAGAGCCUCCCAGGGAGCAGCAGCUCCGAGCCUCCCCUGCUGCCCCUCUGUGUGAAGCCUGCAGACAUCAGACACAUCUUCAAGUACAUCAACACCAUCGUGUCCUGCACCAUCUUCAUUGUGGGGAUUAUUGGCAACUCCACACUCCUGAGGAUCAUUUACAAGAACAAGUGCAUGAGGAAUGGGCCAAAUGUGCUCAUUGCCAGCUUGGCCCUCGGAGACCUCCUCUACAUCCUCAUUGCUCUGCCCAUCAACGUCUAUAAGCUCCUGGCAAAGGACUGGCCCUUUGGUGUGCAUGUGUGCAAACUGGUCCCCUUCAUCCAGAAGGCCUCAGUGGGCAUCACAGUCCUCAGCCUUUGUGCUCUCAGCAUCGACAGGUACCGAGCAGUGGCGUCCUGGAGCCGCAUCCAGGGCAUUGGGAUCCCGGUGUGGAAGGCGGUGGAGGUGAUGCUCAUCUGGGCAGUGGCCAUUGUGCUGGCAGUCCCUGAAGCUAUAGCCUUUGACAUGGUGGAGCUCAGCUACUGGGAACAGCACCUGUGGGUGUGCAUGCUGGCCUCUGAGCAGAAAUCCAGCUUCAUGAAGUUUUACCGUGAUGUGAAGGACUGGUGGCUCUUUGGCUUCUACUUCUGCCUCCCCUUGGUAUGCACUGGUAUCUUCUACACCCUCAUGUCAUGUGAGAUGCUGAGCAAGAGAAAUGGCAUGAGGAUUGCUCUGAAUGACCACAUGAAACGGCGCCGGGAGGUAGCCAAGACGGUGUUCUGCCUCGUGGUGAUCUUCGCGCUCUGCUGGCUCCCGCUGCACCUCAGCCGCAUCCUCAAACACACCAUCUACGACCAGACCGACCCCAACAGAUGUGAACUGCUCAGUUUCCUCCUAGUGAUGGAUUACUUUGGGAUCAACAUGGCCUCCCUCAACUCCUGCAUCAAUCCUGUGGCUCUCUACUUCGUCAGUCGGAAAUUCAAGAACUGCUUCCAGUCCUGCCUGUGCUGCUGGUGCCAGAGACCUGCUCUGAGCAUCACCCCCAUGGAUGAGAAGGGCUCUGUUGGGAAGUGGAAAGCCACGGGGCAGGAGCUCGGGCUGGACAGGAGCAGCUCCCGCCUGAGUAACAAGUACAGCUCUGCCUAAAGCCACGUCAGCCCCGGGGCCAGGGCCAGGGCAGAGGGCACUGUGCCAUCACAGCAGGACCCCUCUGCUCCUCCCACAUGGCCAUUCCCUGCCUGGGCCUGGAUUGGUUUUGCCUUUGUGCUGUGACCCACCUGGAGGGAGCUGCAGCACUCACGGCCCCCUGGACUGGCUCUGGCAUGGCCUCUGACCUACACAGAUCCCUCCUCUGGUCCAAGUUGCCUCUGGAGGAGGGGAAAAGGGAUUCAGAUCCUUAUUGGAUUUUUCACUUCCUCACAGGAAACCCAAGUGGCUGCUGGCCCUUUGUCCUCAAUGGAAAUGAGGGGUGGGGAGAUGUGUGUGAAAAGGGAAGGUUGAGAUGGGGUCACUUGGAAAUGGAUGUGGGAUGAGGACAGAACCAUGAGGGACAACUUCCAGCUGAACUAGCCAUAAGGAAAGCUUUUACAUCACCCCUUAUCAUCUCCCUCUGUUGCUGGGAGGGUUUGUCCCUGGGCAGAGCCAAGAGCCAGGUACCACACGUGUCUGGUAGACCAUCAAUGGUGUGAAAUCUCCUCCUGUUCAUGGUAGGGAGAGACAGGCAGUAACUUGGCUUCAUUCUGUGACCAGCCUGACCUGGGGAGCCCUACAAGCCCCCCUUCCUCUUCCCCUUUUCCUGGGAAACCUGCCCCAGGCUCUCCACAGGGGAUGAUGGUCACCUCAACUGUGUUUGGCACAAGAUUGCAAGUGACUGCAGGGCCUCAAGGACCAGGUGUCUGUGGCAGAAACUGGUGGCAUCAUCCAGCCAAACCACCAGCUUCUCCCUCCCUAGGGUGAAAGGAGCUCCUGGCUGGCCAGGCUCCACUGCUGGCCCAUGGCACUGUACUCCCAGGGAAAGGCUGCUCAGCCCAGGGAAGGGAAGGCAGAGAUGGGCUCAACUGUGGCUCAGAUCCUGGCACCAGCCCUCACCUUUCCAGCUCUUUGCAUAACCUGGAAGCUGUUAAUUCUCUGCCUGCUGGAGGGUGCAAGGGACAGGAUCCAGAUGUGCCCUUCCAGAAAAGCACCCAGCCUCGAGCCAUGGUCUUCAGUAGCUGGAAAGUCCCCAACCUCCUUCAGCGCCUGGCUUCUGGGAGCAGGAUCACAUGCAAGACCACAGCCCUGAAGGAAAAAGAAAGGGGUGCCCUGCAUUUUGCUGCCUGCAGUUUGUCCCUCCCCUGCCACGGAGGCUGAGCUCCAACAGGGUGCUGUGCCUGCACCCUGCUAUCUCUAGGCAGCAGCCCCAUGACAACAAGGCUCAUGCUGUUCAUAAGGGGGACAGAGAUGCUCAUCCUCAUGGUCAAACUAAGGUGGAAAAGGCAACAGGGAAGGUCUGAUCGCAGUUGAAAGAGCUGCUGAAGUGAGAUGAAACAUGGCAAAGAGCUUUCACCAAUUUACUCUUUACACUAAUUGAUCCCUGAGUGCUUUUCCAGCCUGUUCUUCCAAAACAUCCUCCCCGCAUCUCUUGCCAAAACCUUAAAACCUGUGUGAGAAAGUUUCAGUUACCAUGUUCUUGAUGAUUUUCCUGUUUUCCUUCCUUCCUUCCUUCCUUCCUUCCAUCUUGUCAUGAAGAGAAAAUGGAGAGGAAAAAGGGUUGAAAGACCUGCAAAUGAACCAAAACAUUUGCCAGGUGUUUGGGUGCUUUUAGCUCAGCCUUCCCUGCAAUGCACAUGUUUUACAAACAAAUCCCAGCUCUGAACAGCAAAGGGAGUCUCACUGCAAACAGAAGGAAUGAGGAACAUCCAGACCAGCAGGUUUUCCAGCAGCUCUCCUCCCCACCUGAGCAGAUUUGCCUGUACCAAUGCCACAGCACUGCCCUAUUGCUGCACCAGUGGUGGAUGAACGAAGUCAAGGGACAAAACUGACACAGACUGAGAUGUUCCAGCACAGACACAGGAAGAUGUUUUUUUAAUGACUAUGCUUGUAUAUAAAACGUCUCUGAAUUCCAUGUA